AAAAUCAUCAAACUAUUCGAAGUUUAAUAGAUGUUUUUAAUUCGCUUUUUUAUUAUAGUGCAGUACAACCUGCAUUUAGCACUGUCCAUAAAUACAAACUUUUUUUUAAAAACCUGAAACAAUUCUAAACACAAAGGCUCUCAUGGUCUUAAAAUAGUUUUGGAAAAAAUUAAAACGAAUAUACGAUACAUACAUAUAGGUAUGAGCACAUCACAAUCUUCAGGUUUUGUAGAGUUCAUUUAAAAUAGAGUAUUUUAGAAACUUCAGUGAAUAGGAACAUAUUUUUCAGCGGUGUUUUAGAUAUAAAUAGAUUUUUACUUUUGAUUACAAUUGAUUUUGAAAAUCUUGAAUAUAGAAAAAUAAUAAAAUAAAAUAAUCAAAAAUGAGCGAUUUAAAAAACGGAUUGUGUAAAAUUUGUUCUAAGGAAACCAAAUCAAAAUGUUCGAACUGUAACCAAGUGUUUUAUUGUUCAGGGGAACAUCAGAAAAGUGAUUGGAAAGUGCACAAACGAAUGUGUUAUCCAUUUAAGAUUGAACAAAGUGAAAAAUUGGGACGACAUCUUGUGACAACAAGAAAAAUCAAACCAUCUGAAAUAAUUCUAAAAGAGUCUCCCAUAACUAGGGGUCCUUCGCAAGUUACCGGGCCCGUUUGUCUAGGCUGCCUGGAUGGUAUUGAUGAGCAGGAUUAUGUCACCUGUCAACAAUGUGGAUGGCCACUUUGUUCAAAGGAAUGUGAAUCAAGCCUUGAGCAUAGGGAAGAAUGUAAACUUACUCAAAAUAGACAACAAAAAAAGGCUGUUAUUCAUGAGUUUACUACGCCACAUCCAAUGUACCAAUGCAUUGCAACACUUAGGGCACUAUUGCUUAAGAAAAGUGAUAAGGAAAAGUUUGAAAAACUCAUCAAACUUGAAUCUCACGAUGACAUACGUAGAGGAUCACCUCAAUGGAAAAGUGAUUUGGAGAGUAUAGGAAAAUUUAUUCCAAGAUUUUUCCAAACUCAAGAAUAUACUGAAGAUGAAAUCAUGAAAGUAGCAGGAAUCCUUCAAAUAAAUGGUCAUGAAGUUCCAACUUCUGAUCCACCUCACGUAGCGGUUUUUGAUGUAGCAUCUAUGCUAGAGCAUUCGUGUACUCCUAAUUUGGCAAAAAGUUUCACCAAGAACGGAGACGUCAUGCUGUGGGCUCCACGUGAAAUUCCAAAGAAUGCAAAUCUUAGCAUUUGCUAUUCAGAUGCUCUCUGGGGAACAGCUGAUCGGCAGAAACACUUGAUGCACACAAAAUUAUUCAAAUGUGAAUGCAAUCGAUGCCAGGACGUUACGGAAUUCCAAACAUAUUAUAGUGCAAUGAAAUGCAAGGACAAAAAUUGUUCGGGUUUCGUUCUUCCAAUCGACUUAAAGAACUGGGAUGAGAAUUGGAAAUGCACCACCUGUCAAAGUGACGUAGAUAAGUUUUUUGUAAGAGAUAUUUUGGAGAAAGCAGGAGCAGAUUUGGCUGCAAUGGAAAAAACUGUUGCGAAUUGCAAAAAAUACAUUGAACAUUAUCAGAAAUGGCUACCACGGAAGCACUAUUAUAUUAGUGAAGUUAAGAUUCAGUUGGUGCAGAAGUUAGGUGCCGAUCCAAAAGACUUAAUGGUAUUGCCAGAGAAAGAUCUUGACAUAAAACUGGAAUAUGCAAAAGAGAUGAUUGAGUUAUAUGAACAAUUGGCACCAUGUGAAACAAGGAUAUUGGGAAUUCUAUGCUUUGAAGUACACUCAGCCAUAGCAGAAAAAACUCGAAGAAUUUCUCUUGAAACAAAUAUGAACUGUAUUGUAUUGUUGGAGGAAUCACUUUUAUUUGUCGAGAAAUCAAUCCAAUAUUUAAAACACGAAUCAAAUGUGUUUGCUGAAGGUUUAGUUUGUAAACAAGCUAUAAUUAAUCGAGAUGCACUCAAAAUGGUUAUGUCAUUUUAGAUAAAUUUAUUAAACUUUGGUAAUUAUUAUAAAAGUUAUGUUUUCUUUAAUAAAGUGUGAAAUUUAAACAAUUUC